ACUGCAUGUGAGGCCCCGCCCCUCCCUUUGCAGGACGUCACCGAGGACUGCAGGGGCCUGAGCCGCUGCCGCCGCCGCGCAGCCCCACAUCACCGCACAGGGGGCCCCGUCACCGCCACCGCCAGAAAAGCCACCGCCGCUAGGGUCGCCGUUGCAUCGGUGCAGGGCAAGAUGGCAUCCGCCACAGACUCGCGCUAUGGGCAGAAGGAGUCCUCGGACCAGAACUUCGACUACAUGUUCAAGAUUCUCAUCAUCGGCAACAGCAGCGUGGGCAAGACGUCCUUCCUCUUCCGCUACGCCGACGACUCGUUCACCCCUGCCUUCGUCAGCACCGUGGGCAUCGACUUCAAGGUCAAAACCAUCUAUCGAAAUGACAAGAGGAUCAAGCUGCAGAUCUGGGACACAGCAGGGCAAGAGCGAUACCGGACCAUCACCACCGCCUACUACAGGGGCGCUAUGGGCUUCAUCCUCAUGUAUGACAUCACCAAUGAAGAAUCCUUCAAUGCUGUCCAGGACUGGUCCACCCAGAUCAAGACCUACUCGUGGGACAACGCGCAGGUGCUGCUGGUGGGAAACAAGUGUGACAUGGAGGAUGAGCGGGUGGUGUCGUCAGAACGUGGCCGGCAGCUCGCUGACCACCUUGGGUUCGAGUUCUUUGAAGCAAGCGCCAAGGACAACAUUAACGUCAAGCAGACCUUUGAGCGCCUGGUGGACGUCAUCUGUGAGAAGAUGUCAGAGUCUUUGGACACUGCGGACCCUGCAGUCACAGGCGCCAAGCAGGGCCCGCAGCUCAGUGACCAGCAGGUGCCGCCGCACCAGGACUGCGCCUGCUGAGAGCCCCUCCGCCCCCUUGCCCCUCUUCCCUACCUCCCCCACCUUCCCCACCUCCCCAGGCCUGACCCGGCCCCCACCAGCCACGGGCACAAGACCCCCACUCCCAACUUAGCCCGCUGCCCUUAUUUAUUAUUGUAGCUAUUUAUUUAUUGAAGACGUCCCGCAGGGGCCCGGGCUCCCCUGCCCGACCCCAGCCCUGCCCGUCCUGUACAUAUAACCCUUUCCCCGCUCAGCCACUGUGGUGUGUCGUGGCCUCGUGAACUCACCCCUCCCCCUCCUGACACCCCCCCCACCUUUUUUUUAAAUUCACCCCCAUCCACAGUUGUCGGUUGUGAAGAGGGGGCCAGAUGACACCCUAUAGCAGGCUGAUCGGGCGAUGGGAGGUGGCCAGGCCUGCCAGCCCCUCGGCUCUGCUGCGGUGGGCCGAGGCCGCUGUUGGGGGGUUCCCUGUGCGGACCAUGGGGGUCAGAGUCUGGCCUGCCAGGCUCCUCUCCCUCAAGGUUUUUCUUUUGGUGGGGGGUGUGCUGUGGGUAUUCACUGCCCUGGGACCCCCCUGCCCACCAGACCUGUUCUGACCUCAUGAGUGUCAAACGUGCCCCCAGCUCCUUAGGAGACAUCAUGAAACACUACAUACAUCCAAUAAAGCGAAUGGACCACGCGUGUCCCUGUGAGCACCGGGCCCUGCCCACCCUGGCUUUGAUCAUCCACAA